ACCAGAUCAGUACUGGAAGAGCUCAACCUUCUCAAACGUGAAAGAGAAAAUUAAGUGAGAAAGAGAGAGAUCAGAGAGAUGGGGGGUCAUUGCGAUACUGAUGAUAGCCCAGCGUCUUUUGUCAAGAACCCGACCAUCAAGUUCACCAAGUUGUUCAUCAAUGGAGAAUUCAUUGAUUCCAUUUCAGGAAAGACGUUCGAGACCAUAGAUCCAAGAACAAUGGAAACUAUAGCGAGAAUUGCAGAAGGAGACAAAGAAGAUGUCGAUUUGGCGGUGAAAGCUGCCCUACAGGCUUUCGACCAUGGUCCAUGGCCUCGCUUGCCUGGCUCUGAGAGAGCAAGGAUAAUGAUGAAAUUCGCAGACUUGAUUGAUGAAAAUGUAGAAGAAUUGGCUUCCUUGGAUACAAUUGAUGCUGGGAAAUUGUUCACUAUGGGGAAGGCCGUAGACAUUCCUCAUGCAUCAAGUACUCUCCGAUACUAUGCAGGUGCAGCUGACAAAAUUCAUGGGGAGGUAUUGAAGAUGUCACGUGAGUUUCAUGGAUACACAUUGCUCGAACCUAUUGGUGUCGUGGGACACAUCAUCCCCUGGAACUUCCCUACGACGAUGUUCUUACUGAAGAUUAGCCCCGCUUUAGCCGCAGGGUGCACUAUGGUUGUCAAGCCCGCGGAACAAACUCCUCUAUCGGCUCUUUACUAUGCUCAUCUUGCUAAGCUAGCCGGUAUCCCUGAUGGAGUGCUCAAUGUUGUAACCGGAUUUGGACCAACUGCUGGUGCUGCAAUUAGCUCUCACAUGGAUAUUGAUGCUGUUAGUUUUACUGGCUCUCCAGAAAUUGGACGCAAGGUAAUGCAGGCCGCAGCAGCAAGUAAUUUGAAAGUGGUUUCACUUGAAUUAGGUGGCAAGUCACCCCUCAUAAUCUUUGACGAUGUCGAUGUAGAUAUGGCUGCUGAGCUAGCCAUUUUCGGCAUCCUACAUAACAAGGGAGAAAUAUGUGUGGCAAGUUCUCGUGUUUAUGUUCAAGAAGGGAUAUAUGACGAACUUGUGAAGAAAUUAGUUGAGAAGGCAAAAGCCUGGGUAGUUGGGGAUCCUUUUGAUCCUAAAGUUCAACAAGGACCGCAGGUCGACAAGAAGCAGUUUGAGAAAAUUCUCUCAUACAUUGAGCAUGGAAAGAGAGAAGGAGCCACCCUUUUAACAGGGGGCAAGCCAUUGGGUGGGAAGGGAUAUUACAUUGAGCCUACAAUUUUCUCUGAAGUCAAGGAAGAAAUGCUUAUAGCAAAAGAUGAAAUAUUUGGGCCUGUAAUGGCUCUUGCGAAGUUCAAAACAAUGGAGGAGGCGAUAGAGAGGGCCAACAGCACUAGAUAUGGCCUAGCAGCGGGCAUCUUAACCAAGGACAUAAACGUUGCUAACACUGUCUCAAGAUCAAUCCGUGCAGGCACCAUUUGGAUCAAUUGUUAUUUCGCUUUCGACAAUGACUGCCCUUUUGGAGGGUAUAAGAUGAGUGGAUUUGGAAGAGAUCUUGGAUUGGAAGCCCUUCACAAGUAUCUUCAAGUUAAAUCGGUUGUUACUCCCCUUUAUAAUACUCCCUGGCUUUGAAGAAUCGAAUUCAUGAUCAUCAAGAUCAUGAAUAUCCCCUUCUAAUUGCACCUCAAACAUGCAUGAUAUGGAAGCUAGAUCAUUAUACGUUUUACCAAAUCAGUACUUAUUCUUAUUUUUGGGGCUUGAAUU